GAAAGGCCAUGGAGCUGGGGAUCAGACCGAGAUAUAUGGAGCUUAUAUAAGGCAGGAGCUUGCUAAUUUUGUAACUAAUCUGUUGUCUUUGAUCGACCUGUUGAUAUGCUCCACUGUGGUGCAUUCCAAGAGCAAACGCUGAUCGCGAAGCAGCGCCUCCCGGUAACAAUCUGAUCGAAUGCAAAUAGGUAGACUUAUUGGUUGUGUUUGGUGAUCGUGAGACAAUCGAAUCGGAAUUAAAAUUAAAAUUAAAACACAAUUCGUGCCCAGCUGGUCCCAGAGCCGAGUGGUCAUUCCUCGAGUGAAAGGCGAAUAAAUUACCCGCCGCGGCGAAGCCUGCAAUUAAAUCAUAAUGUAUAAUUAAUGGCACGGACUGUAUAAGAUUGUAUAAACCCAGGUAGCGGGAAGGACUUGGAAUCACCCUGGAGACCUGUGCGGUGCAGUUCGUCUUUAGUUUUUUGUUCUGGUCCAUUACAGCCACCAUUGGGCUCGUGCACGUUAACGACUUUUAAAUAGCAUUGCUCAGACAUUUGCAUAGAACGACUUUGGUUCUAAAAAAGGUGUUCCAAAGUGAUUUAUAGUUUUAUUAGUGGCAGUUGGUGUUUGUUACUAUCUUGAGAUUGUUCAGAUCCAUUGUUUUGUUGCAUUGCGCCUGAUAAUCGUUGCAUUUUGUUCUGUUCAAAGCUAAGUUAAAAAAUUUCCACAAAAUGGAGUACGAAACGCAUGCCACUAUCGAGAUCAAAUCAACGCGAUCCUUCGUUCGGAAUGAUGCGAUCCUCGAACCACGCUACACACUUUCGGAUCGACAGCCUGUGGCCAGACUUACGCAGAAAAUGUCGAAGUCACUGACUAUCAAAGAUGAUUACAGAAUCGAGUUGAUCACAGAGGAGGACACCAAGGAGGUUCUGGACUUCCUUAAAAGAUUUUUCUUUAAGGAUGAACCUCUCAAUACAGCAAUCGAAUUGGGUGAAUGUCCAGAACUAGAAGUCUACUCCUUGAAAUCUCUUCCAGAAAAAUCAUCUUUCAAGGCUGUUAAUUCCGAGAAAAAAAUUAUCGGUGUGCUUAUUAAUGGGCUCAUUAAAAAAGCGCCUCCAACCGCCACACCAGCUAAACUCGCUGAUGGUUGCAAACACGAAAAGUUCCGUAAGAUUCUCAGCUUGAUGGACUACAUUGAUAGCAAAUUUGAUAUCUACGAUUUAUAUCCCAACGCUGAGGCAAUCCUCGACGGGAAAAUACUAUCGGUUGACACGGCGUAUCGCGGACUAGGCAUUGCCGGAAAACUUAUUGAAAGGACCAUCGACUAUAUGAAACAGCACAAGAUACCAGUUUUCAAUGUACUGUGCACCAGCCAUUUUUCGGCACGAGUCUUAGAGAAACUCGACUUCCAUGAAGUUUAUAAGUUGCCAUAUUCAGAGUACGUGAAUGAAGAUGGGAAACAACUGUUGAACCCUGCUCUCCCGCACGUGGCUGCCAGGAUAUUAGUGAAGGAAAUUUAAAGAUAUUACAAAGCAAUUAUUAGAUUUUAAGGAAACGAUCUGUUUGAUUGCAACAUUCUGUUAGGCUAAAGUUGUUAGUAGAUCAAUUAUUGUAAAUGUCACCAAGUCAAUUAUUGUUAAAUCAAAAGUGUAACGUCUUCAAUUGAGAAAAGACAAAAUAAGAUGCAAAGGUUGUACCUUGGUUAAGUUAUCAAUUAAAUGACCCAAUAAAUUCAAAUUCAAGUGAAAA